AUGUCUGGUAGAGGAAAGGGUGGAAAAGGUCUCGGUAAGGGAGGCGCCAAGCGUCACCGCAAGGUGCUCCGCGACAACAUCCAGGGCAUUACGAAACCUGCCAUUCGCCGUCUAGCUCGCCGUGGUGGUGUAAAGCGUAUCUCCGGUCUGAUCUACGAAGAGACACGCGGUGUAUUGAAAGUGUUUUUGGAGAACGUCAUCCGUGAUGCCGUCACCUAUACCGAGCACGCCAAGAGAAAGACCGUGACUGCUAUGGAUGUUGUGUACGCCUUGAAACGCCAGGGACGUACUCUGUACGGCUUCGGCGCCAUGCCAGAACCAGCGAAGUCCGCGCCUAAGAAAGGCUCCAAGAAAGCCGUGACCAAGACGGCGGGUAAAGGAGGUAAGAAGCGCAAGAGGACCAGGAAGGAGAGUUAUGCUAUUUAUGUGUACAAAGUGCUGAAACAGGUCCACCCCGACACCGGCAUUUCCUCCAAGGCUAUGGGAAUCAUGAAUUCUUUUGUCAACGACAUCUUCGAGCGUAUUGCCGGAGAGGCAUCUCGCCUGGCGCACUACAACAAGCGUUCCACUAUCACUUCCAGGGAGAUCCAGACCGCUGUGCGCCUGCUGCUUCCCGGUGAGUUGGCCAAGCACGCCGUGUCUGAGGGGACCAAGGCUGUCACCAAGUACACCAGUUCCAAGCUCCUGCGGAAAGGCAACUACGCCGAGAGGGUUGGCGCUGGUGCGCCUGUGUAUCUUGCCGCCGUGCUCGAGUAUCUGACCGCUGAGAUUCUGGAGUUGGCUGGCAACGCUGCACGCGAUAACAAGAAGACUCGUAUUAUCCCCCGUCACCUGCAGCUGGCCGUCCGCAACGACGAGGAGUUGAACAAGCUGCUCGGUGGAGUCACCAUCGCUCAAGGGGGCGUGCUGCCCAAUAUUCAGGCAGUGCUGUUGCCCAAGAAGACCGACAAGCCAGCCAAGGCCAAUAAGAAGAUGGCAAGAACUAAACAGACUGCCCGCAAAUCGACCGGUGGUAAGGCACCCAGGAAGCAGCUCGCCACCAAAGCUGCUCGCAAAAGCGCCCCAGCCACGGGUGGCGUCAAGAAGCCUCAUCGUUACAGGCCUGGCACCGUGGCUCUCCGAGAGAUCCGUCGGUAUCAGAAAUCCACUGAGCUGCUUAUCCGCAAGCUGCCCUUCCAGCGUCUGGUAAGAGAAAUCGCUCAGGAUUUCAAGACCGACCUGCGCUUCCAGAGCUCUGCCGUCAUGGCUUUGCAGGAGGCCAGCGAGGCUUACUUAGUCGGUCUGUUCGAGGACACCAACCUGUGUGCAAUCCACGCCAAGAGAGUCACCAUCAUGCCAAAGGACAUCCAGUUGGCCCGCCGUAUCCGUGGCGAGCGUGCCUAA